GUUGCUAGGAUGCAGGUUGCUAGGCAGCGGCGUCCGCGUCUCACUUGGGCCUUGCCCGGCUCCCAGGCAUGGGGGACUCGGAGGGCGAGGUUUUGCGGGGGACCUUCCCCAGCCUCAUGGCGGAAGGGACGAUGCUGAGCCGGCGCGGGGAGCUUGCCAAGGCUCUGACUUGCUACACCUACGCCCUGCAACUCCAGCCAGGUGACAGGAACUGCCUUGUUGCCCGUUCAAAAUGCUACCUGAGACUUGGAGAUACAGAAAAUGCCUUGAAGGAUGCAGAAGCCUCCCUGGCAGCUGACAAAGGGUUUACCAAGGGCCUAUACCAGAAAGCAGAAGCAUUGUACACUAUGGGGGAUUUUGAAUUUGCCUUGGUCUAUUACCAUCGAGGCCACAAGAUCCGCCCAGAGUUGCCACAAUUCAGGCUGGGCAUUCAAAAAUCCCAGGAGGCAAUUGAAAAUUCUGUCGGAAGCCCUUCUUCUGUGAAACUGGAGAACAGAGCAGACCUCUUCUUUCUGAGUCGCCAGGCAGAGAGUAAAAGAGCAAAACAGAAGCUUCAGGUCAAAUUUCCUAAGAAGGAUGCAAAGUACCUAGGCAGACAGGAGCCUGUGAGGAAUGAGAAAACCGAACGGCAGCUGCUGGGGGAGCUCUACGUUGACAAGGCUUUUCUGGAGAAAUUGCUCAAGGAUGAAGACUUGACCAAAAGCACCACGAAGCAGGGGGUGACUGUUGGACGCCUGAUCCAGGAAGGGCUUUCCUACCUCGAUACCCGCACAGAUUUCUGGCAGCAGCAGAAACCUAUCUACGCCCGGAUCAGAGACCGCAAGCUCAUGCUUAAGAGAUGGACAAGAGAUCAAAAGCGGAAGCCAUCCGAGGUGGCCAGAUACAUCUUAAAGAGCAUGGAGGACAUUGAUAUGUUGUUGACUAGCGGCAGCCCUGAAAGAAGCUGCCAGAAAGCUGAACAAGUGCUGAAAAAGAUCCAAGGCUGGUCUGACGAAGAGAUCCCCAACAGGAGCGAACUGGUUGGAAACCUCUACAGCUGCAUUGGAAAUGCUCAGAUUGAGAUGGGGAACAUGGCAGCAGCUUUGCAGAGCCACCAGGUGGAUCUGGACAUUGCAAAAGAAAACAACCUGACUGAUGCCAUCUCCAGAGCCCUUGACAAUAUUGGCAGAGUGCAUGCCCGCAUGGGCAACUUCCAGAACGCCAUUGACACCUGGGAAGAAAAGAUUCCACUUGUGAAGAGCAACCUGGAGAAGACUUGGCUGUUCCACGAAAUGGGCAGGUGCUACCUGGAGCUCAACAAAGCGGCGGAGGCUCGGGACUUUGGCGAAAGGUCCUUGCAGUGUGCAGAGGAAGAAGGAGACAUUGAGUGGCAGCUGAACGGCGGUGUAUUGGUGGCACAAGCACAAGUGAAACUGGAAGAUUUCCAUUCCGCAGUCACCUACUUUGAGAAGGCUCUGGAGCAGGCGAAACGUAUCCAUAACGUUGCUGCUAUGCAGGCGAUCAUUAUUGCACUGGAUGAAGCCAACAAAGGAUUCAUCAAAGAAUUGAAAGAAGAACAGAGGCUUGAAAGGAUGCGUGAGUUGAAAGAGUUAGAAGAUGAAGAGGAGGAGGAGGAAGAAGAAGAACAAGAGGAGGAGGAGAAGAAGGAAGAUGCUGGCGCUGCAGAUACAGGAGAGCGUACAUUAAAAAAGCAAGAAGAGGAAAAGUCUGGGAAAACUGAAACUGAAGGAGAGAAAGAGGUAUCAGGCACGGAGGGCGGAGAGACAAUUGCACCCAAGGAUGGGGAGAAGAAGCAAGAGGAGGAGGGAGAAAAGCCACAAGGAGAAAGUGGGGGAGGAAGUCAGAAAACAGAAGAGGAGGACACAGGAAAGUCGGGUGAGGACAUUCCUGGAUGAGGCCUGUGAAAGCUUGCCCUUGGGAACUCUUGGUGUAUAACUCUUGAAGUGUCUUUUCCAUGGUGUCAUCUGUUUUGCUCCAGAUGUCUUCUCCCCAAGUCACUUUCAGGGC